GGCUCUACACUUUGCCAUUUGCCAAUGCUUUGAAGUUUGACAUAAAAGUUUAUUGUCAUUUUGACAGUAUUAGAUAAAGCAAAGAUUUCAGAAAGGGAUACUCGAAAAAAUUAUAUACAUAAAACAUAAAGAUGGGUGGACAUGGACAUGGUCAUGAACCUCCAUACAAGGUGCCAAGCUACAAGGAGUUCACCAUCAAGGGUAUCCCACAGCUAGAAGAACUUGAGAAAGAACUACAGAAAAAAGGCCUCCGUGAUCCAUGGAUUAGGAAUGAAGCAUGGCGGUACCACCCCGGUUUCGGAACGAAGUGGGCUCGCGCGCGCGCUGUGUUCUUCCGCGGCCUGCCUCUGGGGCUGGGGCUGGCCGUGCUCACCGUGGCCGCCACCAAGGCGUUAGGCGGUGGCGGGGACCACGGGCACGCGCACCACUAACGCCGUAUUAUUUAAAUUUAAUCUUAUACUGUUCUGUUAUCUUUGAAUGCUAUACAACCAUUGGCUAGGGCGUAGAAAUAUAAUACAAAUAUUAUAUCUAUACCAA